UUCAGCUGCUCUGGUGAUUGCUCAGAGCCGCAUUCACGGAGAAGUUCACGCACUUUUAGUUCCGUAGUGAGGAUGAACUGCUGAGGACGUUACUCCACAAAUCACAUCGGGCCCGAUGGAGUCUCUGCAAUCAGCUGGGCAUCACAUCUCCUUAAGAUAAACAAGUAAUGAGCGGCAGAAUCACACAAUAACACAAUGGAAGGAAUGCUAUAUAAAUGGACCAACUACAUAAGCGGAUGGCAGCCUCGCUGGUUUGUGCUAGAUGGAGGAACUUUGUCUUACUAUGACUCCCAAGAGGAUGCCUGGAAAGGUUGCAAGGGCAGCAUUAAGAUUUCAGUUUGUGAAAUCCAAGUUAAUUCAUCUGACUCUACACGAGUUGACCUGACCAUACCAGGAGAGCAGUACUUUUACCUCAGAGCCAUCAAUGCUGCAGAGAGGCAGAAAUGGCUGGUGGCACUGGGAACAGCCAAAGCCUGCCUUACAGACAACAGAACAAAGAGAGAAAAGGAACUCCAAGAGAACACAGAGGCACUGAAAACUAAGAUGUCAGAGCUCAGAUUGUACUGUGACCUUCUCCUACAGCAAGUGAACAAAAUCAAGGAGAAUGAUGAGCUAGGAGACACAGCGGAGCCCGGCAUAGACACUGGAAACAUGGUGAAGUCUACAUGCACCACUUUCCUUAAGACUCUAGAAGAAUGCAUGCAGAUAGCAAAUCGUACUUUCAGUGGGGAUAUGACAACGCAGAGUCCACCAGGAUCUCCUCCAGUAGCAGCCAUCAAACCUCAGAAGAUUAAACCUGUCAAUCAUUUAAAUCAGAAUCCAGGAGAAAAAUGGAGAGAUUUGCCUGAACACUCAGAAGAGGUAAUUGCACAUGACAACCAGAGCCUUGACUCUGGAGCAGAGGGACCAGAUGAGCCUGAUGGACCAGAUCCCCAUUCUUCCCUCUCAGAAAGCGAAGCAGCAAACGGCAACAGCUCAGUCCACGAGGAGCAGAGUGACCCUUCAUUAGACACUACCCAGACCGCCUCUGAGAUCGAACACUACGAGCAACCAGAAGAGGGGGGUGACAAAAGUGAAGAGGAAGAUGAUGAAAAGGAGACAGAAAAGGAGGAGCAGCACAAACUGGACCAAAGUCAGGAGCACGACAACAACAACGAGGAGGAAGUGGACGCUGUGCAGCCUCAGCACCAACUCAAAGCUGCUCUGGACCAAGACGAGGCUGAACAGGAAGGAGAGACUUCCAGAGAUUUAACAGAGCAGGAGGACACAGAGCAGGUGGACACUUUCUUCAGCACAAUGAGUCACAGAUUUAGUGAUAUAAGACUGGACGACGACAAUGGUAUCCCUACUCAAGAGUUUUUGGACUCAUGCUAUGCAAUAGUGCCUGUAUUAGACAAACUGGGGUCCACAGUGUUUGCACCAGUAAAAAUGGAUUUUGUUGGAAAUAUCAAGAAAAUCCACCAGAAGCUGAUGUCCGACCCCGACGGCUUCCCCACGCUACAGUCCAUCGUUCUUCAUGAAGUCCACACCGAUGUCGCCAAGGUGCGCAACUCGGCUACAGAGGCUCUGCUGUGGCUCCGACGAGGCCUGAAGUUCCUCAAAGAGUUUCUGUCAGAGGUCAACGCAGGAGUGCAAGACAUCCAGGGAGCACUGAAUAACGCCUACGGAAAGACCCUCCGGCAGUACCAUGGGUGGGUUGUGCGAGGCGUAUUUGCUCUGGCCUUGCGAGCUGCCCCGUCAUAUCAAAGCUUCUCUGCCGCCCUGGUGUCAAACGAGGGCGACGAGCUGAAGAGCGGCUUCACCAGUGGCGUGCACAGAGACCUGGGAGUGUACCUUCCUGCUAUGGAGAAGCAGCUGGCCAUUCUAGAUGCUCUGUAUGAAGAGUACACCCUGGAGUCUGAUGAAGUGGUGUGAAACCUGAACAGAGAGACGAUCCAUGCUUAGAAGAAGAACAGAGCCUGACCGCAGGGGGCAGACUAAUGUCUAACUGCUGAAUGAAGGUGCCAGAUGCAUCAAAGUGCAUCUUGUGUACUAAAUAGUGUGAGCGUGUCCUGUGUCAGCGUGAAGUGUUUCCAGUGGAUCUCUGCGACUGUAGAGGGUCUAGUUAUGAAGGAGGCAUUGAUGUCUGUGUUUGAGAAUCCAUAAGGAGCAAAGCAAGCAUUAACAAUGAAGGCGUGACUGCCUGACAAAGUGUAGUUCCUUGGUCUUGUUUAAGGGACAGUGAAGGGGUUUUCAGAAUUCAACAAUAAUGAUUGAUGGUGGCUAUUUCAGGUGCAUUCUGUUGUGGUAGUGUGGCUUUCUAUGUACUGUAAAUGUUUGAGGUACAUAAGCACAGGGAGUUUGGCUCCAGUAACAUCCUUUCUGAUCCUUUCAGGAUGCAAUCAUUAUUAAUGUUGUUAUUAUAACUAUUAUUAUUAUUAUUAUUUUAUCAUGAUUGGAUUCAUGAAACAGGGGGCUACUUUCAGCCGACAAAAGGCGCUAUUUUGAAAAGUCAAAUUGUUACAACACAGCUCCCAAUAUAUGCCUCAAGUAUGUGAUGGAAUUACAUACCGGCUGACGUCUUGUGUUUGAAGUAAACGUAUUGUCUUGCACUGAUUAUGAAGUUUAGAGGAAAUCAUAUACAGAUAUAUUUGAUUAAUAUAAUCAAUAAUCAUUUAGUUUCUUCCCUGAAAGUUUAAUCCUAACCCUUCAGUUUGCCAAUGUACAAUUAAACAUAACUAACAUGUUAUGAGUUAUUAUUCUGGAGACUUUUCUUGGGACCAAAAAGGAACUGACCGGCUUUAGCCUCCGCUGCAUGCGGGACAACAACACUCAAGACUGAAAUAAAACAGCGUGGCUGUUGAAGCACUGACAACUGCUGAAUAUUUAUGUGGAUGUUCUCUGCACAAACCUAUGCAUAAUUUGCAUUUUCACAGUGUCUAUUUAUUACGUCUUAAGUUAUGAAGCUCGCAUUGUCAUCUUGAGGACGUGUGUAUUUAGCUUUUGUGUGAAUGUAUGGACAUUUGUACUCAUUGAGCAUGUUGAAUGCAUGGUUUUAUGAAUCAAGUAACAUAGGUGCCAGUGGAAACUGAUCAUGGGCAAAGACCAAGUAUUAAUUUAAUGUAAUAAUCUAACAGGGGAUAGAUUGUGAAAGUUAUGAUACGUUGCGUCCUUCUUAUCUGUACUGAUGAUGAACACCAACCUUCACCAUCUUGUCUGUACACUGUCCUACAUUCACUCGAGUGUCGUAACCAGCUGUACUCAAUAUUUUAUGAUGUCGAUUCAACAAAGACAAAAUGAGUGGUGAGACUCCACGUACCGGCCAGGUUCAAGUUUGUUCACAGAACCACUGAGCCAUUUGAACAGAGCAGGAACAUCCUCCUAGGGCUUUUUUUGUAACCACGACUUACCACAAAGUAUUUUUACCUUUAAUCUAACCCUUCUUUUCCAUGACUGCAAAUAGUCAUAGCUCUUCUUGUAGGUCAUCAGCAGAAGGUUUCAACAGCAGAUGUAAAAAUUGUUUUUUCUGUUUCAGAUUGAGUCCAUUGUUAAUCCUGAAAAUAUGCUAUUGUAAUAAAAACAUUUGAUUUGUUUUUUUCUAA